AUGGCGCUAUUAGACACAUAUACUACGGAUGUAUACACCCUCAUAUCGCAUGACUGUUCGCUAAAGCUACGCGACUGCUUUGCUGUAGUCAAGAUGGCGUACUGGUACGUUGCGUUCUUCUGGACGGAAACCAAGCAGAGAUAUAACAAAGACAUAAAAUUCACGACACACAAUUGCAAAUUGCUAUGA